UAAUUUUUGAUUAUGACUCUGUGGUGAAAAUCGAAAGAUUUAAGAAUUUUGAACCUGCUGUGAUAAUUCAGAGUAAAUAAUAUUAUCCUUGAAGAUUGAGUUUUAUGAAAAAUUAAUAUAAAGUCAAUCAAAUGGAGGUUUGUGAGGAGAAUAUUACAACCAACCUGUAAAACCCGCGAUAUUAUUAAUUAAAAAAUGUCGAAGAAUGGCGAAGUGCCGUCGAGUCAAGGUCCAAGUCGACCCUCAGUGCCUAAACCUGACCUAAAUUUAUUUACUACGGAGAAACGAAAAAUAUUAAAUCUACAACUGGAAGGCGCAUCGAGUGAUAAUGCAUUCGUACCAUUCCCUUCAAGUACUGCUCAAAGAUCAAGAAUACCUCCUAGAGCAACAAGAGAUGUCCACCCAGAAAACCCAAGGCCAGUAAAACCACAGGAAGUACUACAUAGAAAGGAACCAGCAAAGGAUAAGUGUAGAAUUUACCCUUCUAUGCAGUCAUCAGGAAAACUUCAACUCUCUGCCACAGAAAUUUAUGAUUUCACUGCAGAUGACCUCCAAGAUCUUGGCGAAAUUGGCAGAGGUGCUUUUGGUGCUGUAAAUAAAAUGGUCCAUAGAAUAUCUAGUAAAGUUAUGGCUGUAAAGAGGAUUCGGUCAACUGUUGAUGAAAAAGAACAGAAACAGUUAUUAAUGGAUCUUGAAGUAGUCAUGAAGAGUAAUGAAUGCCCUUGUAUUGUACAGUUUUAUGGGGCUUUAUUUAAAGAGGGUGACUGUUGGAUUUGUAUGGAAUUAAUGGAUACAUCAUUAGACAAAUUUUAUAAAUUCAUAUGUGAAAGAAUGCAAACACGAAUACCAGAACCUAUUCUAGCCAAAAUAACACUUGCUACUGUCAAAGCAUUAAAUUAUUUGAAGGAGAAACUUAAAAUAAUUCACAGGGAUGUAAAGCCAUCUAAUAUAUUAUUAGAUAGAAGAGGGAACAUAAAACUAUGUGAUUUUGGUAUAUCUGGUAAAUUGGUAGACUCAAUAGCUCGCACCCGUGAUGCAGGAUGUCGACCAUAUAUGGCUCCUGAAAGAAUAGACCCAGGACAAGCAAGAGGCUAUGAUGUCAGGUCAGAUGUCUGGUCAUUGGGGAUUACUUUAAUGGAAGUAGCUACUGGAGCAUUUCCAUAUCCGCGAUGGGGAUCUGUGUUUGAACAGCUGCAACAAGUAGUACAAGGAGAUCCUCCACGCCUCACCAAUAAGAAUAACUCAUUUUCAAAUAAUUUCGUUCAUUUUGUAAAUACAUGCCUUAUAAAAGAAGAAACCCAGAGACCUAAGUACAAUCGGCUAUUAGAACAUCCAUUCAUAAAAGGUAUUGAGCAGAAUAGAUCUGAUGUUGCUGCAUAUGUUUGUGAGGUGCUGGAUGCAAUGGAGCGCAACGGAGUGAGCCCUUUUACAACUGACCAACCAGCCCAAGCAUGGAUUGAUUGAACAAAUUUCAAACUUCUGUCUGUUGCAAUAAAUACUAAAUAUAUUAUGCACUUAACAUUUUUAAACUUAUAAGCUUGUUGUUCACAGACUGGCUUACCACUGGUCAGUUUAUAGAAAUGGAGUCAAAUUUCACAUUUAUGUACUGUUCUAACUGUAGAAAUAUUUAGGAAAGUAGAAAUCUCCUUCCUCUUAAUUGCAAUACAGCACUUACCUAUCAAAACUAAAAAUAUUUAUUCUUUAAUUUUUUAAGAUAUUCAAUGUAAAUAAAGAAAGUGAAAUAGCAUUUCUUAUGACUACAGGAUAGUAAUAAUGUACGAUUGAGUGUAUGUAAACCAUGAAAUAGUUAUAUUGAAGUAUGUAAUGUUUUGAAUAAAAAAUUGUAAAUAGAAAAAGGUUUUCUGUUAUUGUAUCAGUGUAACUUUUCCAUGAUUUUGAUUCUAUAGGAUUGUGGAGAAUUUAUAAUAUAUUCAUAUCCAAAUGA